AUGGCCGCUUCAGCAGCUUCGCCUUUCCUGUUCCAGUCGGCUUUGCACGACACCGGCUUGAUCCAUGAGAUGCUUUCGAAUCCUCUCAAGUUUGGUCCCCCGAUGGUGAAGAAGGGUGUAGGGUUGGAGGGUGUCACGAGGGAAGUGGUGGGCGAAAAGGAGAGCCCAAAGGUCGCAAAGAAGAAGAUGGUAGUGAGGGAGGAGAGUGAAGAUGAUGAUGAGAGCGAGGCGUCGGAGGAGGAAGAUACGCCCAAAAAGCCUGUCAAGAAGGCUGUCAACGGCGACAAACCAGUACCUCCCUCCCCCAAGGUCAAGAACGACAAACAGACGAAUGGCGACGCGUCUUCGUCGAAAUCCAAGUUGCCUGCCAAAGCCACCCCCGAGGGCAAGAACACCCCCGGCUUAUACCCCGUUACUUUCGACCUCACUUGGCCCGAGCCUAUGGCAAGCGCCAAGCAUGCUUCUGGACUGUACAACCCCUCCAUGGCUUGUUAUGCCAAUGCAACUCUGCAGAUCCUCCUGCAUACGCCUCCUGUGCUCAAUCUUGCCAUGGCACAUGAUCCGACAGAUUGCACUCAGAAGCGCAAGAAGAACUUUUGCAUGUUGUGCACUCUGAAGACUAUGGCUGAAGGAUCACACUGGAACGGUCGCAAAGCCUAUUCCCCAGAGGUCCAUCGUAGUCUGUCGCAGAUUAAGAAGGGUUUCAGCAAGAACAAGCAGGAAGACACGCACGAAUUCUUUCGAUUUGUCACGGACGCUCUGCAAAAUACUGCUCUCGCAAAUUUGCCCAAGGAUACAUCCGAAAAGGUCAAACACACCUCCUUCGUUUACCGGAUCUGGGGCGGUCGCGUACGUUCCCGAGUUGUCUGCUCUAGAUGCAACAAACCCUCCGACACGUUCGACUCUUUCCUUGAUUUGAGCUUGGACGUGAAUAAGCAGGGAAAGAAGAGUAUCAAGGGGAUGAUGCAGGGGUUCACGAAGGAGGACAAGCUGGAAGGGGAUAACAAGUACCAUUGUGACAACUGCAAGAAGAAGGCGAACGCUACAAAGAGCUUCAAGAUUGAGCAGGCGCCGCCUAUUUUGACGCUCCACCUAAAGCGUUUUAGCGUCAACUAUAAUGCGUACAGCGGCCGGGCUAGGGCAGAAAAGUUCAACCAGUUUAUCGAGUUCAAUGAGAAGCUGGACAUUGGACCUUAUAUGGUUGACCCCAACGCUCCCGGAAGCAAGUAUCGACUGUUCGGUGUGACCUGCCACCGCGGUACCGAGCUGCGUUUCGGGCAUUACACCUCCUACGUCCGAGGCCCUGGUGGGCAGUGGUUCCACGCCGACGACGAGGACAUGUCUGCCGUCCGCCUUGAAGAGGUGUUGAGGGACAAGACUGCGUAUCUGCUGAGUUAUGUGAGGGUCGGCGAUGGAGAGUGGGAUGGUACGCCGAAGCCUACCACGAAGGCGAGGGUCGGCGGGCUCGUCAACGGCAAUGGCAAGGACGCAGAGUCGUCGUCGGAAGAGGAGGAGCGAAAGUCGCCGUCGCCUGUGAAGCGUAAGCGCACAGUCGAUUCGGACCAGCCAGUACGGAUGAAGGUCAACAUUGUCAACAACCCCAAACCUAUCCCCGCUCCUCGACAAUCCUCUCCUUCUUCAGGGGAUGAAGACACGGAAAUGCCCCCCGCCCUACCGACCAAUCUGGGAAACCACACCCAGACAUCCAAAAUCCACGCCCCCAAACCCGUCGACAGUGCUUCCUUUUACGCUUCCCCCAUAUCGCGUCCGAGCAAUCCUCUGGCGGGUAUGAGCAAGAAGGAGAAGAGAAAGUUCAAGCAGAGCAAUAGAGAUGCGGGCAAGGGAAAGUCAAAGAGCAGUGCGCUGCCUAUGCCAUUCGCGCAAGGAAAGAUGGGAGGGACGAAGAACCGGCAACCGGGUGUGCUGGGGAGAAUGAAGGGCCGGGCUUGA